AGCGACUAUGUGAACCUGUUAUGGGUUGCUUUCCCAGCGGUGGCGUCAGUAACACAAAGGCGCUCAUCAGAUACGAAAUGGAAAUUCUGAUGAAGAAAGAAGCAGAAGCUGAGGAAGAAAUUAAAAACUUAGCCGAAAAAGUCAACGAGCUGCAAGAGUUAUAUAAGGCCCAGGAUGAGCUAUUAGGUUCGCUGUUCGGCGAGAGCCACGGCAGCGAGGAGGAGGAGGCGGCGGAGGAGCAGCUGGAGCAGGCGCGCAGCUACCGCGACACGCUGGCCGGCGCGCACCUCGAGUGGCGAGACGCGGCCGCGCUCGCAGCAGACGCCGUCCUCAGCCUCGAGAACGCUACGCGCGCCUGGCUCGAGCUCGACUCCCAGCCUGAAGACAACCGUUUCACAUUGGCAGUGUCAGCGCGCAACUCGCUGCUAGAGGCUGUGGUAUACGUGUCUCUGGCCCAGGCACUUCUGCCGGGUGUUCAGUUUCCCUACUGUACGCCUCGGGAUCUCCUCACUGUCAGUCAGGCGCUGGUGUACAUGUUAACUGACAUGCAGAUACCUGAACGCUAUGACUACGCUUCAGAAGUCUUCAAUAACUUCCUCGACCGCACGAAGCAGUUCGCCAAAUGGACUCAGCAGACGAUGGAUGACACACUGAAACGAGACCUUGACGAUGUGGAGAAGAAAGUGGAAGAAACUGCUGCUCGGUUGAGAAAAAUUAGAAUGGAUCUCAUCAGAGAAAAGUUUGGGCAAAGCAGCGACCCAUACGAAUCAGAAGAUAUCUCACGAGUGAUAAAUGGGGAAGCACCUCUCUUCGUAACAAUGGAGGGCGGGUCGGCGGCGCGCCGGCGGCUGACGCACUCGGCGCUGUUCUCGCAGUCUGAGGCCGAGGCGCCGCAGCUGUACGGCCCCGCACUGGGCGACUUCCGCAAGCUGGCGCUCCGGCGCCGCGACUGGUCCAGCAAGAAGCUCGAGCAGGCGCACAUGGCGCACUGGGCCAACAAGUAG